AAACUCUGCAGUGAAUAUGAAAAUCAGGCGAGGAAUGGAAUGCUUUUCUGUACCAGAGAAAACGACCCUAUUCGUGGUCCAGAUGGGAAAAUGCAUGGCAACUUGUGUUCCAUGUGUCAAGCCUACUUCCAAGCAGAAAAUGAAGAAAAGAAAAAGGCUGAAGCACAAGCUAGAAAUAAAAGAGAAUCUGGAAAAGCAACCUCAUAUGCAGAGCUUUGCAGUGAAUAUCGAAAGCUUGUGAGGAAUGGAAAACUUGCUUGCACCAGAGAGAAUGAUCCUAUCCAGGGCCCAGAUGGGAAAGUGCAUGGCAACACCUGCUCCAUGUGUGAAGUCUUCUUCCAAGCAGAAGAAGAAGAAAAGAAAAAGAAGGAAGGCGAAUCAAGAAACAAAAGACAAUCUAAGAGUACAGCUUCCUUUGAGGAGUUGUGUAGUGAAUACCGCAAAUUCAGGAACAACGGACCACUUUUUUGCACCAGAGAGAAUGACCCCAUCCAGGGCCCAGAUGGGAAAAUGCAUGGCAACACCUGCUCCAUGUGUGAGGUCUUCUUUCAACAAGAAGAAAGAGCAAGAGCAAAGGCUAAAAGAGAAGCUGCAAAGGAAAUCUGUAGUGAAUUUCGGGACCAAGUGAGGAAUGGAACGCUUAUAUGCACCAGGGAGUUAAUCCUGUCCGUGACCCAGCUGGCGAAAAUGCAUGGAAACAAGUGUGCCAUGUGUGCCAGCGUGUU